GACGAGCGAAGGCGAAGCGGUCGGCUCGUGAGGUGGUGUACGCGCGCGCGCGCGCGCGCAAGACCCGCUCGCUGGUGGUGUGAUAUGUGAUAUCGGCGAGAAGCCGAAAAUGCAGCCGAACGCAGUCGCGUUGGCGCGUUGCCUGCCGCUUCUGCUGCUGAUGGUGGCCGCAGCGACCGCGAGGAUUCACAAGUUGGACAUACGGAAAGACAACCGACCGUACAUCGCCCUGACCACCUUCGGCUUCUACAAGGGCGGCAUUCUCACCGUAAAUCUCACGAACUUCAAGUUCCAGGCGGCAGACCCCGAUAAGAAGCUAACGCCGGAAACGACGGACAAGGCUGUGUUCGGAUUCAGCCUGGACCGAACGCUCAUCGACGCGAUCAAUCCGUACAUAUACAAUCACCUGGAGAGAUGCUUGCUGCAAAACGCUUCAACCCCGAGGACGGAGCCGAGGGACAACAGCUCUAUUAUAUAUUUUACGAUGGACUUGAAGAAUUUGUUGAUGCACGUGAACUGCAAUCGCAACGUGCGUACGACGCAUAUUUACAAGGAUUCCAGCAGGAUACCGAUGUUUCGCAUGAAGAGGGACUCGUUACUCGUACCUGUGCGACUCAGCGACACCGCGCUCUUCCCGCGAAGGAAGCGGAACACGUCGCACGAGCUCGCGAAGCCCAUCGGCGGCGGUAAACCGAACGGACAGGACAGUAACACAUGCUGCCGCCCGAAACUACCGAUGACUGUGAACACCCAUGCGAACGGCGAGAAGUCAUACAACACGAGUUUCGUCAUGUACGUGGCCAACGAGGAAGAGGAGGGCCUAUACAAUCUCUAUUUUCACAAUUGUCUGAAUUACAAUUACGAGGCUCCGCUAUCGGUGGACUUCACGAUGCAAAUAGCCGAGAUUAAUAACGACAACUUUCUCAGCGCUGGCGAAAUGCCCUUGCCAGCCUUGUACUUCACGAUGGCGCUUCUCUUCUUCUUGUCGGGCUGCUUUUGGGUGUUCAUUCUGGCCAAAAGCAAGCGUUCAGUGUUCAAAAUUCACUACUUAAUGGCAGUCUUGGUGUACCUGAAGUCUCUAUCGUUGUUAUUCCACGGUAUAAAUUACCACUUCAUCCAGACCAAGGGCGAGCACGUGGAGGCGUGGGCGAUUUUAUAUUACAUCUCCCAUCUAUUGAAAGGCGCCGUUCUCUUCAUUACCAUGGUACUAGUUGGCACCGGAUGGACCUUUAUAAAGCACAUCCUUUCGGACAAGGAGAAGAAGUUCUUCAUGCUCGUCAUACCAUUGCAAGUGUUAGCGAACGUGGCGGAGAUAAUAAUCGAGGAGAGCGAAGUGGGCAAUUUGGAGCACCAGACUUGGCGGGACAUUUUCAUACUCGUCGACCUGCUCUGUUGCGGCGCGAUUAUAUUCCCAGUGGUAUGGAGUAUCAAGCACUUGGAGGAGGCCGCCCGCACGAGUGAUAAAGCGGCCAUCACUUUGCGCAAGCUCAAGCUGUUCAAGCAUUUCUACAUUAUGAUAGUUUGCUACAUAUACUUCACCAGAAUUAUCAUGUACCUACUGAAGAUCACCGUGCGUUUCGAGUACCAGUGGCUGGACGAAACGUUCCGCGAGAUGGCGACUUACGUCUUCUUCGUCCUGACGGGAUAUAAGUUCCGACCAGCCUCUACGAACCCGUAUUUUACGGUGCCGAGUGACGAAGUACGACUGGACGACGAUGACGACAGAAUGGACGUCGUCGUUUCCGGUGGUAACGGACUCACCAAGGAUUUCAGUAAAGUGAGCAAAGUGCCGAGGGCGGUGAGACCCAUGAGUGGGAAAGUGCCGUCUACAGCGGAGGAGCGGCACAUCAUUCUCUAUCAAAAGACGGAUUCCUCCUAAUAAAAAUCGCGCUUACGACGAUUACACACACACACACACAUAUGCAUACACAUACGUGGCCGAUCCGACACUCGCCACAUGACGAACGCGCCCGUGUUUUCUUACGGAUGUUCGAGACUACACUGCGGAUUGAAAUGGACAAACGAGAGGCGCACAGAUCACAGCCGCAGUAAACGACGCGGAUGGCGAGGAGAAAUUUAAUAAUAAGUAAUCGCGCGACUCGAACCGGCGAGUUUCCUGCUCUCGAAUCUGUCUUUUCUAUUUCUCGCGGGGCGGAGGAAGCGGAAACGCCGCCGACCCGGUUUGCAAACGCGUACACACACAAUCGACAAUCGCGGCUUGUGAAAAUUCGUACUUAUCUUUACGUUCACUCCCGACCGAGAUACCUUCUGUCUUUCGGCGAUGAUGACGACGGCCGACGAAGAUCGACCCCGGGUCGUCGCAUAUUUUUCCCUCGGAUUUUUUUCUUUUCGUUUUCGAACAUCGAAGCGCAUCUUUUCCGAAUCUCUUCCGUUUCCGCGCUUUUUCCGUCGCCCGUCACCGUUAAUCCGAUAUGACGUUAGCGCGACGUUCUUUUUAGUGAGACACUUACACCGAUAUAGCGAACUUAGAGUUAAUUGUUUAUCUAGCGUACAUAGCGCUCCACGAUGUCAUGAUUCCACGUGAGCGCUCGCGCGCCUUUCUCAAGGCGCCUUUUUAUAGUCGGUUUUUCCGUAGGCAUUUAGAGAAACAUUUCCAUUUGUUUUCCUUUCCCAUGACACGCGUUCAGUCCCCUCGAAGGUAUGCGAAUCCCAUUCUGUCGAGCGAUGCAUUCGAGGUACAUUUGUCUUUCUCUAUCUCUCUAUUCUCGUUAUUUUAUAUUGCAUCUAAUAUUAAUCGUAGGGAAAGCGACUGGUUGUACCGGACCAAGCGGUGCAAGGUGAACUCUAUCUAACGAUACGUGUCCUCUCACUCUUGCGCGCGAUAUCGCGCGAUACUACUCCGGCUAAGGUUAACAUUACCAUUAUUAUUACUACUGUACACGCGUGUCGUCACUGUUACACCUGUUACUAUCAUUAACUAUGUCGUAUAUAUCGAAUGGAACGCGAAGACGGAGCCUAGUUGAAAGAAUAAAGCGGAUAUUUUUAUGAAA